CGUAGCCGUUAGCGCCCCCUUCUUGCUUGCUGGCGUCGUCCACGCGCCAUGCUGAUCACGCUUUGCUACUUGUACCUUUGGGCACGUUGGGGGACCUAUUCGGCGGGCCUGAUCCGCCGCACGGUGCGCAGGCUCCACCGAACUCGCUGUUCCUUCACCUUCUCCUGUUCCGGCUCCGGGUGCCCUCGCCAAACACUGCAUCAGCCCCACCGCCUUCCUCCCGGCAGGAAGGAGCCUCCCCCGCCUUCCGAGGACAGAAUCUGCCUCAGGGCGGGGAAUAAGUUUUUCUUCACUGACGAAACCCAGUCCCUUGAUGAUUUAAACAAAUGGACAUUGCUUAUUGUAUCGCAUCCUGUCUAUUCUGAUGAAAUAUUUGAAUCUGAACGUAUAGCAUUUCUGACUGAAAGUAUUUCCACUCAAGCAGGGAGUUCACAAGCUAUAACUUGCUCAACAGAAAAGCUCGUGAAGUGGUCAGACUAUUGUUCACCUUUGGCUUUUAAACCUGGAGAACCUUACGUAUUAUUUGCUGAAGCCAGUAUAGACAACUUCAGUAGUCUUGGGAUAGCAUUUAUGGAAGAUAGAUUGCAAAUGGAUAAUGGAAUGGUGCCUCAUAAAAUUGUGUCUGUACACCUACAGAAGUCAGAGUUGAAGGAACUGGAACAGCUGGCACCAGAUACAGAAAAGGAGGCAAAGGCUAGCAAUGUACAACUUGGUAUGCCGACACGAAAUUCAGCAUUUGAGAUAGCUAAUAACCCAGAAGAGGAAACUAUUGCUUUUCCAAGAAGUGGUGAUCAAGAAGUUCAGGGAAAGAAAUAUAAAUUGAAGAAAGCCGAUGAGCAUCAUGAACAACUUGACAAUCUGUCUGAAAAGGAAAUUGGUAGUGGUGAACACCAUCAUUUGCAUCUUUCCAGCUGCUAUGAGUGUUUGGGACUUGAGAGUAGCACUAUUGAGUCAGUUAAGUUUGCCUCUGCAGAAAACAUCCCAGAUCUUCCUGAUGAUUACAGUGGCAAUUUUGAAGAUGUUGGUUAUCUGGCAGGAGAUCUGAAAAGAACAAAUCUUACAGGGAAACCGCCUAAUAUCUUAAUUUAUGUUGGUUCUGAUCUUGGCAAAAUCAAAUUUGAACAAGUAAAAUCAAUCAUCAUGGAAUGUGUUGAUAUUAAUGCUUAUACUGUCUACCAGCUGUUAGAGGAGCAAGUGUUGAGUGUUCCCUGGAUUGACAAUGCUUUGCUGUUGGUCAUUGCUACAUCAGAGCCCAUUUCAGAUACUGUGUCCAAACAAUUUCUGGUUUUCAUGUCAAAAGGUGGGAAGGUUCUGGGACUUUCAGCCUCUUUCACUUUUGGUGGUAUAGAAGUAAUGAACAAAGAUGAACUGAUGGACACAAUACAGGCCUUGGUGUUUUCUAAAGCUAAGGACUACAAGAUUAAGCUAAAUGUUCUAGCUAGUGGAAAAGUUUUCAAGAGGGAAACUGCAGAAGAGGUCACCUCUGUGAAGCCCCUUGGUUACUUGGACAACACAGAUAAAGAUAUGAUGGUUGUUCAGCUGCCAUACGGAAACCGUGGGGGAGAAGCCAUUCUUUGCCAGGUGCAUUUAGAAGUGGAUAUCAAAAGUUUGUCUAAAAGAUCUAAAGAUGAAUUCAAUUUUCUCAAAAUGAGUAAUGUCACCAGAUAUGAAGUUCUUACUGAAAUACUGAAACUGCUUGGUUUGAGCUGUGAAUUAAGUGAGAUUCCCUCAUUAACUCCUCUUUACCUGCUCUCGUCUGACACGGAAGUCCACCUUUCUUUUUUGGAAUGGCUUCGAAGAAAUGUGAAUGCAGAAGGAUUAAUUGACUCCAGCAAAGUGUCCCUUAAGGUUGUAUCAUCUUGCAAAACUGAGUUACAAAUAAUACCCUCACUUAUUCCUGUUGUCACAGAAGUGGAGGCUUUCUCAUCUGAACAUUUCAGCCUUGAGAUUUAUAAACAGAAUCUACAGACACAGAAUCUUGGGAAAGUGGUCCUGUUUACUGAAGUUACAUCAACCACAAUGAAUCUUCUCGAUGGGUUGAUGUUCAAGGUGCCCCAGGAAAUAGGUCUGAUAGCAAUUGCAGUUCAGCAAACUCAAGGGAAAGGUCGUGGUGGAAAUUCUUGGCUGAGUCCUGUGGGAGCUGCAUUAUCAACUCUACAUAUCACCAUUCCGAUGUCUUCUGAAAUGGGAAGAAGGAUUCCUUUUAUUCAGCAUCUAGUAUCUCUAGCAGUUGUGGAGUCUGUUAGAUCAGUACCUGGAUACCAGGAUAUUGACCUGCGGGUAAAAUGGCCAAAUGAUAUUUACUACAGUGACCUUAUGAAGCUUGGUGGAGUUUUAAUAAAUUCCACACUAACAGGAACUACAUUCCACAUACUUAUUGGCUGUGGAUUUAACGUGAAUAACAGCAAUCCUACUAUUUGCAUCAAUGAUCUCAUUAUGGAGCACAAUAAAACAAAGAAUACACAAUUAAAACCCUUACGUGUUGACUACCUGAUUGCAAGAAGUGUAACAGUGCUAGAAAAGCUGAUCAACACUUUUCAAGAGAAAGGUCCUAAUGGAGUUCUUCCCCUGUACUAUAAAUACUGGGUACACAGUGGUAAGCAAGUCCAUCUGAAAAAUGAUGACGGGCCACUAGCCUGGAUUGUUGGAAUAGAUGAUUCUGGAUUCCUUCAGGUUCAAGAGGAAGGCAAAGAUGUGGUGACUGUGCACCCAGAUGGCAAUUCUUUUGAUAUGUUGAGAAACCUUAUAAUUCCAAAGCAACAGUAGUUUUUGGAGAUGGCAAAACAGCAGGUCUUUAAGAAAACUGUUUUAUGCUUCCUAGCUAGGGCUUGAGCUUGACUGGAGAUAAUAUAGCAAACUGAAAUUAGCUGCAGCUGAAGGAUAGAAAGAUUGUGUGCUAAGCAAAAAUUGAAUUUUGCAUCAUUUAUUUGUUUUGAAUUUCUAAUGGCUUGAGGAAGAGGAGGUUCAUUAUAUAUAUAUUUUUUUCUCACAGCCUGAAAAGAGAGGGGCUUUAUGGUAAGCAUGAAGACUCUGAAUUCUAAUUUUUGGAAUGGGUCACUUACCUGACAUUUGCAACAGGAAAUUCUGUGUGACUCUGUUACUGCAGACUUUUCCAAUUAUAGAUUUAAAACUAAUAUUCCUAUUAUUUAUGUACAUAUUCAGAAGAUAAUAUAUUUUGCAAUAGAGUAUUUACAGUAGUUGGUAGUUUUGCUUAGCAAUGCCUCAGUGAGGUAUCAUUUUUAUUGUGGAUAAAUCACUAUAUAGGAUGUGUGAAAAAAGCUUAUUUACAUUUUUCUUUAGUUUUAAAACAUGCCUCAUGAUGGUUAAUAGGAUUCAGUUCCUCUCCCUGUCAAAUAGCUGACUGAAAGGGAUUUUUGCUUUUUAAAAAGUCUCUGCACAUAGUUUGCUGGAACAGAGCCAAAGCUCCCAUGAGGCUGGUGUCUCUGCGUGUUCACAUUCUAUAGAAAACAAUAUUAUUUUGAGAUCUGGCUCUGAUUCUCACCUUACUCAUCAGCCUUUCACUUACUUGGAAAGUGGUCUCAAUUUCACAUUAUUGUUUUGAAGCUUGGAAAUUUCACAAAUAGUAGUGCCUAUGAAACAGGAUUUAUCUGUAAAUAAAUAUGAGCUUUUAACCUGUCUUAAUAACUAGUAGAAUCUGUUUCUCAAGGCUAUCUGUUUUUUACUUUAUACAUUUAAACCUCUUUCAUACAGCAUGCUACUUCAUUUAGGCAGCAUUUUUCUCUGCAUGUGCAUAACUUUGCCUAAUUAUAUACAGGUACACAGUUAUAUCCUCUGAAUGCUACUGAUAAGCAAGUGAUAUAUUCAUCUUCUUUCUGUGUUUUGCUAAGACUCCUCACACGUGAAUGUGACUUUGCUGCUUAAGCCCUCAGAAUUCAAGCGUGCAGCCCCGUCAGCUAGGCAGUAGCCUGAAACCAAUUCCUGUAUAUCAAGAGACUGGAAGUAACCUAGCCUCUUAUUUGCCAUUGGUUUUGUCAGAUUCCUGUAAUUUUCAGCUAAGAAUGUACCCCAGAUGCACUUUCUGUCUUAUAACUAGAAGUGGUUUUUAGUUUUAAAGUUAAUUUCAUAAAGAAUUACAAAAUGUAAAUAGUCUGACUCCAGUACAAAUCCAUGAAGCCUUAGAGAAAGUAAAGACAUUGGCCUGUAAUCUUGGAUGAGCAUGAUACCCAUAUUUUGGAGGGUGAAUGGUUUGGUUAUAAAUUACUGGAGAUUAAGCUUUCCUUCCAUUGAAAGUAAAGAAUUUGAGCCUGUGUUGCAUACUGUCUGUCCAUUGUGGUGUCUGUAUUUUUCUUGCAUACUGCAUUAUUUAACCAACAAAAUGUUAAACCAAGAGAGCAUUCCUCAGUAGAUCUAACAAGAAUCUAAUUCAGGUUUAUUAAAUGAGGACAGUAUUCUUACAGUUGCUCUGAUAGUUUCUUUAAAUUGAUUUAUCCUACAUUAAGCAGCAACUGAGA